AUGUGUCGAGGCAGUCCGGCACUUUUGCAUUGGACAAGCCCUAGUUUCAUUUCUUCCCAUCAUUCUUAGCGCGAUGACCUAACACGACCUCUUUCACGCUGAUAUUUCGCGGAAGGCUCAUCGAGGACGUCUGCUGAAGUGUUAAAAUGGCAGAAGGAGGUGAAGCAUCCGGAGGUCCUAUGGACAUCAACACAGCCCUGCAAGAGGUGCUGAAGAAUGCUCUCAUCCAUGAUGGACUGGCACGGGGGCUGCACGAGGCUGCCAAAGCUCUCGACAAGCGCCAAGCCCAUCUAUGUGUCCUGGCAAACAACUGUGAUGAGCCCAUGUAUGUCAAGCUGGUGGAAGCUCUCUGUGCGGAGCACGGAAUUAACCUUAUCAAGGUUGAUGACAACAAAAAGCUUGGUGAGUGGGCUGGCCUGUGUAAGAUCGACAGGGAGGGAAAGCCCAGGAAAGUGGUCGGCUGCAGCUGCGUCGUGGUCAAGGACUAUGGGAAGGAGACUCAGGCCUUGGAUGUGAUGAACGAGUACUUCAAGUCCAAGCACUGAGAGAUCUGUACCACUCCCGUGUCUCUCCAUCCAACAAGCACACAUCCAUCAGGAAAAAACGUCUAACCCUGAGAUGGAACAUGACAUCUGAAGCAUCGGGACGUGCUUAAUGGAUGAUGAGUGGAAAUAAAGAUCAAAAAGACCUCA